AUGGCCUCUCUCAAGCUCGUCGUCAGGCCUUUCGUCUUGGCUCUGCUUCACGCCAUUUUCUUGUUUUCUUCAUCUGUGCUCUCUGACGGUGACGUAGCAGGCAUGGUUCUUGCAGGCUUGAAUAGUCACAGAACAUUCUUGGGUCUUCCAGCCUUUACCGACAAUGAAAAUGCAGAUUGUCUUGCAGGGAAAAUUGCUCUGAAUGUAUUAAUGGACCAACAAUGCGAUACAGCGAGUGACAACUCAGUUGAACUCGACAAGUACCCUGAGCUACUCUCAGACUGUGGCAUUUACAUCAACCAAACUAAAGAUGGUGUAAUUUUGCCUGUCUGUGUAGCCACAUUGGUCCCAACUCUUGUGCUUACCAAUUACACAUACACCCACUUUGCCAACUACAUUAACGACUGGAGGUUCACCGGUGCCGGAAUUGGCUCCGGUGGUGAUUGGAUGGUUGUCGUUUUGAGCACUAACACCCCGGAGGGCAGCUUCGGGCUGUUCACUAAAGAUGACGAAGAAGAUCUUUUCAAAUCCCUCAACUCACAUAGAGCAUACUUAGACCUGCCAAGUUUCAUCAAGAACAAAGAAGCAGGCUGCGUCGCCGGUGAAGUUGCUCGGAAACUGGGGAAGAAACCAUGUGAAGAGGGAGCUACUGAUGAGAUGAAUGGCAGCAGCGAUAACCCGUACCCUGAACUAUUAGCCAAGUGUGACAUUAACAUUACCAGCAAAAGAGAUGCUGUCGUGUUAUUACCAGUUUGUGUCCCGAAAUUGAUAUUAACUGAUGUGUUUACUAAUUACACUCGCACCCGUUACUCCGUUUACAUCAAUGAUUUCAAGUUUGUUGAAGCUGGACUUCGCUGUAAUGGUGACUGGAUGGUGCUCGUUUUGAGCACAAACGCCACACUCACAGAAAGAUUGGGUGGAGAUGCCAGUGGCGGUGGAGACGGCAGUGGAGGUGGUGACGGAGGUAGUGAUGGAGGUGGAGGUGGAUAUUUCGUCGGAGCUAAUAAUAGUUCGGGUUUCAGGGUUGGUUUUGGCCGUUGUUGGGUGGCGUGUUUUUUAUUAUGGAUGCUCGUUUUUUGCUGA